AUGACAGAAUACAUCAAUCCACCAACAUAUCCCCAGUCUGUCGCCGAUAAUCGGGGCCCGACCUCCCGUACGUACUGUGGGUGCACUUGCCACACCAAUCAGCCCGAAACGUGGCUUUUCCCCUACAAGUAUGUCACCGUCCGCAUGUACGACUACGGGCCACUACCAGGCUCCGGCUUCUCCCAGGCUAUUAUGCAACUUGAUGGGGAGGGUUCUCUGGAUCUGGUGAAGUGUGCGGAAAUUUGGAGUGUUGCAAAGGUGACACCUCGCCGAAAGCUUGAGCUCUUGCAUGAUGGUAUCCUCCCAGCGGAUCUGAUAGAGUCCUGUGCAGAAGUGUCACAUGGUGUACCAGCUAUAGCUCUGGCGGAAUAUGCUCCCCUUAGCCGGUAUGACAUAAGGUCGAAUAUCUUCCACACACCACAGAUGGUCCGUGUGCGCUGGUAUGCUGAUGCGGAAUGGACCACUACAUAUGAGGAGUUCUUUGCACCACUUGACAGCACAUGCGGCCUCUCCAUUGCACAGAUUGCACGCAAUCGUGGUGUGCCACUCGGAAAAGCCUGCGUGUUUGAUGCCACUGAAUAUAAGAAGCGGUACUGCACUUUCCGCACGCGGUACUUGUACGCGGGCGAAUUGCCUGCCGUGAUGGAUCAUCGCGGGUUCCUUGCUCUCACAAGUGUGGAAGUUGGUGUUGAUCUGGAUGUGAAGCUGCCACGCAGUGGGCGUCACUACUGGUUUAAUAUCUUCAAUGCAUGGAUGUCGAUGCCUCCUGAGCAGAGGAUGGACUGGAGCCACCCAAUUGCAUCCAUUUUCAUGGUACCGUAUCUUGCUCAAGAAAACAGGAUCUGCCGUCAUACAGUUAUUUCCAUUUGA